AUGUUUCUCUCUCUCUCUCUCUCUCUCUCUCUCUCUCUCUUCGUCUAUCAUUCUAUCUCUUUUUAUAAUCUCUAUAUUUCAAUAUAUCUCAUUAUAUUCCGGUGUCUGUUUAUUGAACUCUCUCUUAUAAUUUCAUCGGUCUAUCUAUCUAUCUAUCUAUCUAUCUAUCUAUCUAUCUAUCUAUCUCAGCCUCGUGUUCCUUAUCUAUCUAUCUAUCUAUGUUUAUAUCUCGUCUGUCUCUCCAUCUCGGUCUCUCUCUCUCUCUCUCUCUCUAUGGUCUCAUACCUCUCUUUUUCUCUUCCUCUCUGUUCACCUGUCGCUUUCUUUCUACCGAUCACUCUAAAUCUCCGCAUACCUACUAAUCAAUCCUUUGUCUACCUUCCUUCCUGCCUGCCUGCCUCGCUAUCUACUUACCUUCUUGCACGCGCGUCGUUCGCCGUCAUCGCAGCAGUGACAACAACUGCAGUUGCAGCUUCCACUGACGUCGAAGUGCGAAAGUGCUCCUUCUUGAAUCUCUCCACUUGCCACAGUCGCUGCUGUUACCAGCAAUGCAGCUGCUUUUAUUAA